CCCCGCCAUCUCCCACACCUCCACCUUCCUUGCCCCGUCCCCCCCUUCCCCAAGUGGAAACGCCAGUCUCCUCCCACGUCUCCGCCAGGUGUCACAAUCGUCCUCUCGCCGGCCCUUCUCCCCGCCCUCGCGGGGAUGGUAAUGCGGAAGCGGAAGAGGCUGCAGGGUCGGGAGCCGCUCGGUAGGCCGGUCGGGUCCUGGGGUCCGGGCCCCCCGCCGCGAUGCCGAGCCCCCGCAGGAACGUGGACGCACGCCCGCUGGCCGCCUCCGCCUCGAGCAGCAGCGGCGGCCCCGGCAGCCCGGCCCACGGCGGCGGCGGCGGCGGCGGCGGCGGCAGGUUCGAGUUCCAGUCCCUGCUUAGCAGCCGCGCGCCGGGCUUGGACCCCACCUGCACCCGGCUCCGCGCGUCCGAGAGCCCGGUGCACCGCCGCGGCUCCUUCCCCCUGGCCGGGGCGGGCCCCUCGCAGGCGCCCCCGGCCCCGCUCCCCGAGGAGGACCGCAUGGACCUGAACCCGUCGUUCCUGGGCAUCGCCCUGCGCUCCCUGCUGGCCAUCGACCUGUGGCUGUCCAAGAAGCUGGGAGUGUGCGCCGGGGAGAGCUCGUCCUGGGGUAGCAUGCGGCCCCUUAUGAAGCUGCUGGAGAUCUCGGGCCACGGCAUCCCCUGGCUGCUGGGGACCCUCUACUGCCUAUCCAGGAGCGACAGCUGGGCCGGGCGCGAGGUGCUCAUGAACCUGCUCUUUGCCCUGUUGUUGGACCUGCUGCUGGUGGCCCUGAUCAAGGGGCUGGUCCGCAGGCGCCGCCCGGCCCACAACCAGAUGGACAUGUUUGUCACCCUUUCGGUAGACAAAUACUCCUUCCCCUCGGGCCACGCCACCAGGGCCGCCCUGGUGUCCCGGUUCAUCCUGAACCACUUGGUGCUGGCCAUUCCGCUGAGGGUGCUCGUGGUACUAUGGGCCUUCAUCUUGGGCCUCUCCAGGGUCAUGCUGGGGCGGCACAACGUCACCGACGUGGCUUUUGGCUUUUUUCUGGGCUACACUCAGUACAGCAUCGUGGACUAUUGCUGGCUUUCACCGCACAAUGCCCCGGUCCUCUUCCUACUAUGGAACCAACAAUGACACCAUCUCAUUCAUAUGGCACCAGGAGAUCUGAAGGUUUCCACAUGCGACCAUGCUGACAAAAACCAGCCGCACUCCUGCUCGGCCCUCUAAGGACAUUUCAGGCUUCCUUUGAAAUUUCAGGUGUCAUUCCAUCUUGAUGGCUUGCUAGGCCGGAGAACGUGCUGGCCAUUGGACCACAGCCAUAUUAUGGAAAGCAAAAAAAAAAAAAAAAAAAAAUCUCUCUAUUACAUAUUUAUUCAACAACUGUUUGUAUCUCCAGAACAACUGCAAAGAAAACAAGCUGGGGUGAUUAUAAUACUGCUGUUUUUUAAAAGUUGACAUCAGUAAAUUUUGUGUUUUGUAGUUAUCCUAGAACAAGCCAAGAACUUCCUUGAAGAAGCAGCACUUAAUGUAGAUAUGGGCAUAUCUACAGUGCCAGUGGAGAAAGACUGGGACCAUGACCAAAUGCUUGAUUCUAUUGACAACAAAUAGCAUGGCAUGACAGAGGGCAGAAAUACCCAUUGAGGACGUCAGGAACUAAGAGUCUGGGGGUGAGCUUACCACAUGUGAUGGCAGUGGGCCAGUAUGGAAGGAGAUGGGACUGUGCUGCCCACUAUCUCUACUAAUAAAGAAUGAUGCUUCUCUACGUAGGUAAUAAAAUAGGAAAUGACUUGAUUCUUUGCAGUGCAAGGGCAUAAGCUUUCUCAUAUGUACCACAGGGAUGACCCUGUAUACUACGGUUUUUCGUACAGAAUCCCAUUUCCCUGUGCACAGCACACUUUAGGUAACAGUAUUCAACUUGAAACUCAUCAGGGGAACCCACUGCUAUACCAGGCUCAAGGUAUAACUAACUCCUAAAUUUCCCUUUAUGGUGACCUUUACAUUUAAAUCGGUUUAUCCGUGGUGCCUCCCCAAAUCACAAGACCAAAGACCACCAAACGCAGGAUGGACUCUGCUCAUUAUUCUUUGACCAGGAAAGACCACAAAACGGAAUGUGCUUUAAAUGCUGUUCUCCCUGAAAAAUCAGAACCUUUAAAUUACCCGUGGAACUGGUGUUUUCAGAGAAUGAGGAAUUAUUUUGACAUUUAUAAAGAGAAAGGAUUAUGGCCUUUGAUCUGCCAAAUAGAGGUGAACACUAGAAUCUGGAGAAUAGCGUGACAAGUAGGUUCUGAUUGGGUGGAAGUGUGAACUUCCUGAGCGUGAGAGGCACACUGAAAGAGGAACUCCUCAAAGUAAAAUAAAGUAAUUUGCAUCCCCACAACAUCUUCCAACAUGGACUACCUCUUCUCUCGCUGAAUCAGCCCAACUGUAAAGCUCUAGUGGUCUGCUUAAUUGUUUAACCUUAGAGAGAUCUUUGUUUUAAUCCAGCAGUAUUCGGGCCAGCUAUUUUUGGAAGCAAUGACAUUUAUUGCCUUUGCAGUGUUCACAAGUCUGAAUAUUGGGGGCUCAACACUAGGCUUCUCUUCUGGUCCCUGGAAUCCCACAUCUUAGUUGUUCAGACCUGACUUUGCAGGCUUUUAAAGCACAGAUCAAUUCAGCUGAUGUUUCUGAAGCACUCUAAGUACUGUAGACUAGAAAACUGAUUUUACUGUAAUCGUGCACUGAGGAAUGCUUUUUAAAACUUAAAAUAAAAUAAACCAAUAAUGUCUGAAUGGAGCGAGAUGCAAACUGGUUUAAUCUUUGCCUUGAUGAGCAGGAAGACUGAUUUAUCACUCAGCUCCUCAAGAAUUCCUUCCUCUUACUGCAGAAUUUUGAGAGUUGGCAUUUGAUGGAGCACAACUGAUAGAGUGUGGUCCUAUUUGCUGUUAGCAAAAUGGGACAAAUCCAGGAAAUUUUUAUCUUUCAGAACUGCAUGUCUGAUGAAAGCACAGCACUUGUCACUUGUACGGAGGCUGACAGAUCUUCCAUGGCCGUAACCUGUCGGCAUUUCGCUUGUACUCACGGCCAGUACAGACGCCCCUACAGCUGACAGGCAAAGCUGUAUGACAGUCUGUCACCAACUACAGAUGGAAGGAUUGGAAAAUAUAAGCUGAAUUAAAAGAAAUGCCUGAUCCCAAACAGGAACAAUGCAGUCACUCUGCCACAAGCACCUCACUUGAGCAGGAUUCAGUGGACAAUUAUAAAACAAGUGUUGGUUGAUUUACUUCCCUUUUGGAAUUAGCAAGCCAGAGCCAUCUCUAGGGGAAAUACCUUAGAAUAUAUUCAAUUGGUUCAUAGAGGUGGCAAAUUAUCAGGAAGUCAUUGGGCUUUAUGGAAUUAAACUCUUCCCUUGUUAUUUAAAGAAGGGUGUUGUUUGUUUUUUUUUUAAUUAUUUCACAAAUCUUUAUCCUGGAAAAAAAUAAAAUUCUUCUUGGACUUAA